UGGUCGAAGCGGAGUCUGAGCAGCAGAACCAGCCCGGUGGAGUCUGGUCUGAGAGCAGCCCGGACAAGACACAGCUCCUGUUUCCCGCCUCGUCCCUCUAACUUCUUACCGUUCGGCCCGGUGACGAGGUAAUGGACAAGUAGAGACUUUUAACAGGCCCUUCACAGGAACUUAAACGCGAGCAGUUUAAAUCGCCGCUGCCUUCCCGUCACCCACAGCCUGAACAGAAACAGCGACCAUGGGCAAACAAAACAGCAAGCUCCGUCCUGACGUCAUGCAGGACCUGAUGGAGAACACGGACUUCACCGAGCAUGAGAUCAUGGAGUGGUACAAGGGCUUCUUGCGGGACUGCCCCAGCGGCGCGCUUUCCAUGGAGGAGUUCAAGAAGAUCUACGCCAACUUCUUCCCUUACGGAGACGCCUCCAAAUUCGCAGAGCAUGUCUUCCGCACUUUUGACGCCAACGGAGAUGGGACUAUAGACUUCAGGGAGUUCAUCAUCGCCCUGAGUGUGACCUCUCGCGGUCGGCUGGACCAGAAGCUGAAGUGGGCGUUCAGUAUGUACGAUCUGGAUGGGAAUGGAUACAUUAGCAAGGCAGAGAUGCUGGAGAUUGUAACGGCUAUUUACAAGAUGGUUUCCUCCGUGAUGAAGAUGCCUGAGGAUGAGUCCACACCUGAGAAACGCACAGACAAGAUAUUCAGACAGAUGGACACGAAUCGAGACGGUAAACUGUCCCUUGAGGAGUUUGUUGAGGGAGCGAAGAACGAUCCCUCCAUCGUCCGGCUGCUUCAGUGUGAUCCCAGUGGUGCUGGGCAGUAGGAAACUGGACUUUUUUACCAUAGCAGUUUUAUUAAUCUAACACAUUUUCAAAAUCUUUCCCAGCUGACCCACCUGAGAUUGUUGACAUUUGAUCACUUGAGCUAUAGAGGCACAUGCAUGCAUGCACACACACACACACACACACACACACACACACACACACACACACACACACACACACACACACACACACACACACACACACACACACCUAGUCAACAUGCACCUGUACAUACUGCAAAUACCAAAGCCUGCUACAUAUAUAAUCCUUCAGCGCCCACAUGCACAUACUACAUGUGCCUCUAUGCCUGGUCAGAAGAUGCAGACAACAAAGAUACACGGUACAAAUAUAACUCAAUGGACUAAAAUCCCAUCAAAGACUUGUUAAACACUGAAUCUAAUGUGUUAUCUCUGUCUGAGAAGACGGCCAGCGAGGACGAUCCAACUGAUUUCUGAGGUACUUUGAGCCGAAUCCAAGUUUGCUGUUUUUUUGUCUAUUUGUUUUUGUUUUUUGAAAGCGUAAUUUCUUAUUUAACGGCAAUCAUGCUCAUUUUGUUCCCUUUUAACUGACUCUGGUUGUUGAGUGAUGACGGACAGAUUCUCACAGAGGAUUGCAACCUAACUCCAUGUUAACACUGAAUGAAAUUAAGUAUGUGAGUAUGGGACGACAAGUGUUCACAGCUUACAGUAUCGCUAAUGAAGACGGGAGAUCCGGGAAGUUUAGUUUUUAACCAUAGAAGAAUUUUAGAAAGGAUAAAAGCUUUUUUUUUUUUUUAAUAUAUUUUGGGGGAAUGUUACAUAAAAUUAAACCUGACUCGGAUUUCUAAAUUAAGGGGAAUAUUAUGACUGCAGAUACGAACCAUCUGUUCUUUUCAAAGUGACUUUUUAUUCACAUAAACACAUAAACACAUACCUUCACUCUACAGAUGAAUACAUGAACUUGACAUAUGCAUAUAAACCGAACUGUGAUUCUCUCCUCAACUAUGGCUCAACAAGUGUAUAAGCAAAAAAAAGUUAGAUGUUAUAUGGAUUUAUAGUACGUCACUUAUAUAUUCUUUUACUUUCCGAUCACAUUGUAGCGAUUUUCUGCGAUGGAAGAAAUUCACUUUUAAAAUUUUGACGUAUUAAUUAUUGGAAUGUGAAGAUAAAUAUUUUAUUUUCUUUAACUUGACAAAUAUGAUAUGAAAGAAAGUUGUACAGUAUAUUCACUCAUAUUUAUGCUAGAGAUGAUAAAAAGGAGAGGACCACACAUAUCGCUAUGCAUUCAGCUUUGAAUACCCACAGCUACAGUUAGUCUAUGUAGUUUCUUAUUUCCCUUUUGAAAGAGAAAACAGUAACAGAUCUCAGUUUGAUCCCAAGCAGCCCCUCUGCUGACUUCAUAUUUCCCAGAAAGGCAGUUAAAAUUGGCAGUCAUUCAGUUUUAUGUGCACAUUUUGUGCAAAUGUGACAUCUCUUGAAGCUGCACAAAAAUUGAAAUACGAAUAUAAUUGUAGACAAUUUGAGCACUACUGUGACAAUGGAGAUAAAAUAUAUUUUUUGACUUAGACACAGUAACACACCACUAACAGAACGCUGACGUUGGUAGCGAGUAACAGCAGUAUCCACCAAACCUCACUGUGUUUUUGUAGGAUUUAGUGAUAGCUCUUUACUGCUUCCAUUCUGCUUUAUGUUCACCUACCUGUACCUGCUGGUCUGAAAACACCAUGAGGUGCAGUAGUCUUCUCAGGCAGAUGACUGAUGACUUUGGGGUAAACAAAAGUUGUGAUAAAUUCUCUGCUCAUUUCAAGAAGGUGAUCAGGUGCGUCAAUCCCACAUUUCACUUCAAUAGCAUCUUGUGGUCAAGUGCCAAAUAUAGAUGAUUAAAUAAAAGAAGAAAAAAAUACAGUAUUGUAUCCAUUUCUACUGUACAGUUGUUACCUGUCGAACAAAAACUUUGUCGCUGUAUCAUUUUGUAGAUUUUGUAUUGCAUUAUGUGUUUUGUGUAGAAUUUCCAUUUUGUUGUUCAAAUAAAUACAAAAUUGGAAAAUG